AUGCAGUCGGCCAGAACGAGGGUGGAGAACUAUUCUCAGAAGGAAAAGCUUGCCAACUCCUACAAUGAAUUGCUCCAAUGGCUGACGUGUGAUGCUGUACACAGAGAAUUCUCGUCGAAGGAACUGCGAAAUGUAGGAAACUAUAGUCUCGGGCGUCUCAUCGGGAAAGGCUCCUUCGGCAAGGUCUACCUCGCCAGACACAAACUCACCAAUGGCUCCAAGGUCGUGCUCAAGUCCUCAAACAAGGAGGAUGCCAAUCUCGCCCGUGAGAUCCAUCACCACCGACAGUUCCUCCAUCCUCAUAUUGCUCGCCUGUACGAGGUCAUUGUGACAGAGAACUUGGUCUGGUUAGUCUUGGAAUAUUGUCCAGGUGACGAGUUGUAUAAUUAUCUCCUUAACCAUGGCCCGCUUCCUGUUGAAAAGGUCCGACGGAUCUUCUCGCAAUUAGCAGGAGCGGUCGCAUACGUACACAGCAAGUCGUGUGUCCAUCGGGAUCUGAAGUUGGAGAACAUUCUGCUCGACAAGCACGAGAAUGUGAAACUAUGCGAUUUCGGGUUCACUCGAGAAUACGAGGGGAAAGCUAGUUAUCUGCAAACCUUCUGCGGCACCAUCUGCUAUAGCGCGCCAGAGAUGCUAAAAGGCGAGAAAUAUGCCGGCGAGAAGGUCGACGUGUGGAGCUUGGGAAUCAUUCUGUACGCCUUGUUGGCAGGAGAACUACCCUUCGAUGAAGAUGACGACCAAGAGACGAAGGCAAAAAUCCUCACAGAGGAGCCCAAGUUCAAUGAGAGGUUCCCUGAGGACGCACGACAGCUGAUCAGCUUAAUGCUCUCGAAGCGGCCACUUCUAAGACCGACCUUGUCCGAGAUCCUGGCACAUCCGUUCUUGGGAGAAUAUGGAGCCGAACAGCAAGCUAUUUUGGAGAGACCACGACCAUCGCCUUUCACAACCCAGUUAGAAAAAAACACGUUACUACGCAUGAAGAGCGCCGGUGUCAACAUCGACCAGGUCAUUGAAAAUGUUCUGGCCCAGAGAUGCGAUGCUCUCGCUGGAUGGUGGGCCUUGCUGAUUGAGAAAGAGGAACGCAAAGAAAGGAGGCGAGAACGGAAGCGAAAGGAGAGAGAAGCCGAAGCAAAGAGCUUGCGCCGUCUGAGUGCUGCCAGCAGCCGCAAGGAACGACUUUCCACUUCUCUUGCGGAUGUCAACGAAGAAGGGACGGCGGCUGACACAUUGCAAACCCGGGGGAGAAGAGACAGGCGAAGCUUGCCAAACCCCCAGCUCUCUAUACCGGAGGUCCCAAAGCUCCCGGAUUCCAUUGCCCUACAGAGCCCCGACUCUCCUGCCCCACCUCCGCCGAUUGAUAAGGAUUCCAUUAGAUCCGUGAGUUCGACCAGGCGGCGCCCUGUGCCCCCUCCAAAAGAAAACCGUCGAUCACGACCGAGCAUGUUGCAUGUCAGCGCCUCUCAGCCCGAGCUAGCAUCGCAUUCCAAUGGCAUCUUUAAGCGUCGUUCUGGGCGCCGUCACCACCACCCGAUAAUCAGCCAACUGGCAUCGCUCAAACACUGGUUGGUAGAAUCCGCGAAACGAGCGAAGUCUCCGCAUCCCAAGACUCCGAAGAGUUCUGGCGGUCACUCUAUGAAGUUCCGAUUGGACAAGUCGAGUCCGGAGAAGGGCGAUGAUUCUAGCAAGAAACCAGCGGCAGCGACUUCGACGAAUGCCGACGUGGGCGGCGCUCUCACACCGACUGAAAUCAAGCGCGCUUCAUAUGCCAGCAGUCUCGCUCCAAGCAGUGCCUCAUAUUCUCAUCAUAGAAAUUCGUUUCCACGUCAGCUUGGGCCCCUGAAUACUAACACAUCGAGCAACCGCAAUUCCUUGUCGCCGUCUCCUCUUACUCCUCGGAAUUCAUAUCGACGCUCGUCGGCUGGUCUGCGUGGUCGCAAAUCGACAUCCUCAUCGGUCUCCUCUAUCCGCAGUAUUCACCACGCUCACACCCAUUCGAAGGCGUCGUCGGCUUCUUCCAAUAGCAUUGACACCCUGUCCACGCCUACCGCCUCAAAGAGGGCUUCCAAGUCUCCACAUGCCUCGGUCAAAGUUCUGCCCACCACACCGAACGCUGCUUCUCGCUUUCCUAGCAAUAUCCGACUGGUUCGAAAUCCACCAGGUAAUAAUCGUGACCCGACCGAUGUGAACUCUGGCAUCUACUCUGUAUUCAACGAGACUGCUCCCGCACCGUUAAUGUCUUCGCCCGCGUCCGGGCUGGUUUUUGCUCGACGGAAACGAUCCGCAUUCAAGGGUCCAAUGCUGCACACGGCGAAUCUUGUAGCCUCUGGUGGAUUGGGGACUCCGGGCUUGGGGCCAAGCAGCGACGAAGCGGGCAAUGGCUCAAAACGUCCGACGACCCGGAAAAGUCAAAUCAUUAUGGAAGAGGAUGAUGUGGAGGAUGAAGACAUUGAGGAAGUGGAGACCUUCAGCUCCCCGGAAGUUCUGGAGACGAGUUUCAGGGAAAUUGGCAAUGCUGCUUCGGAUAGCGAACCAGCGGGACAAGACAAGAAAGAUCACGUUCUCGCUCCUGCACCGGAUCUGCGACCUACCGGUGUUCACCCACCACGCUCGUCUUCUCUGAGUGAGCCCGUCCAUGGGAUUGAUGAAGCUGGAGAAAGCAAACCAGCGGAAUCGUCUCAAACUGCCGAAGCUGGGACCGGUGGUGAAAAUGAAGAGAAUACAGCGGAGCGUCCUGUUACUGCGGAGAAAGUGGAGGCGUGA